AUGACUGAAAUGCAACAAGAAUUACGUGAGCUGAGAAAACAAUUGAAAGAUAUCACAGCCGAAAAAGACUUAUUUGAAAACAAGUUCACUGAAUCAAUGGAAUCUAUGGAGAUAAUGACUCUUGAUAAAGAGAUGGCGGAAGAAAAGGCAGAAAAUUUACAACAUGAAGUCAAUUUAUUAAAAGAAAAAAUUGAAGAAAUUAGUGUUGACUUGAAUGUUUUCAAACAAGAAGGUGAUAUGAUCAAUCAAAUUGAUGGUGAAGGAAGAACAACACUAGAAACUAUACAAUUAGAGAGGCAUAAUGCAAGAUUAAAAGAAGCUCUUGUCAAGUAA